GAGAUAAUUCAUUCGACCAUUUCGAGUUCGAAAACCUGCAAUCCACAAACUCGUCUUAGUGCGGUCCAUAUGUUUCUCUUCCGUGGUCGAGUUUCGCAUGCCCAUGAGGCCGCACCUCAGGACGAGGCUGCGAAGCCUAACUAACCCUUGAAAGUGAUUGGUCUCGGUUCCCUACCUUUAGCCAGAGCCCUGGGAAGCACGGCCGGAGAGCGAUGAACCUCGGCCCAACCUCUCAAACCGACACCCCCAGAAAGUCAAUGCCAGUGGUUCUCCGCAGUCUCAAUGGCCAUAUUUGAUGAUUACUGUGCCGUCUAUACGAAAGCUGAUAGUCUCUGGCUGACGAGCCGAGGAUCCCAUUCAACCUAGUUAGUCUAACCCUUGAAGCACUGAGAAUUCCGCCCUGAACUUCCUCCGUGCGACUUCCUUCACUCUGCCCAGGUCAACAUUGACGAGCCCGAGUCCAUCCUACAACCCUACCAUACAAUCGACAACAUGGCGUCUCCCGAAGAAGCUGUCCUCUACCGUAAGGAAGGCCGCGUGGCCAUCAUCACGCUCAAUCAGCCCAAGAAACUCAACGCCAUGACCCAACCCUACUACUACCGCGUUUCCUGCCUGCUGCGCGAAAUCGCAAACGACCCCGAUGUCACCGUGACCGUCCUCACGGGCAACGGUCGAUUUUUCUCAGCCGGCGCGAACGUCACAACCACAAGACCAGGCGGCGAUCCAAACGUCAGCAAGGAUGAAGCAAGAGGUGAUAUCCUACGAGGAUUUGUGAGCAACAACCUCGACAUCACCCGCUCAUUCUACACACAUCCCAAGAUCCUGGUCGGUGCGCUCAACGGCCCGACCGUAGGCUUGUCCGCGGCACUGCUGGGCUUCUGCGACUUCAUCUACGCUACGCCGCAUACCUUUCUGUUAACGCCCUUCUCGUCGUUGGGUCUGGUCACCGAGGGUGGUGCGUCGAUCGGACUCGUCCAGCGUAUGGGUUUGACCAAGGCCAACGAGGCACUCAUCAUGUCCCGCCGGAUUCCAUGCGACGAGCUUGUGGCGAGCGGGUUUGUGAACAAAGUGUUCUCGGGCAAGGACCAGAAUGACAGUGAGGGGUUCUUGAAACAAGUUCUGGCCGAAGUGAACGAUAAACUGGGCGAGCACUUGAACCAGGAGAGUCUGAUCCAGAUCAAGGAACUGAUCAGACGGCCCUACCUCGAGAGUUUAGAGGCUCAGGGUGUGAGAGAAGUGAUUGGCGGUAUGCAACGGUUCGUCAGUGGUGCACCACAGGAGGAGUUUAGGAAGGUUGCCAGCGGCGAGAAGAGGCACAAACUGUAGGGAAGAUGGGUUGGUGUCAUGACUGAUGCGUAGAUACCUGUCAUAGGAAUAACGACAUCUGCAUACUUCAUUCUGAAUCUGACCUGCUUUGGUCCUGCAACUCAUCUCCCGUAAAACAGCGAUCGAAGCAGCCCAGCUCGCUUGGUCAACAGAAU